GUGAACUUUGAACAAGAGAACACAGAUUAGUUGUGGCAGCAUAAGUUAGGUUACUCCAGCUCAAAGCCACAGCCAUAGGACUACUUUCACUGUUUGCAAACUGCUGUUCAGGGGAGGUUGGCCAAACAUCACUUUGGAUUUAAGGCUACUUGCAGACUGGUUUUUUUUGGAUUCACCUAAGAGAUGCAUCAACCAGCCCUGGUCACGGUUGCUGUUCUGCUCUUCUCUCUCACCACUGUCUAUGGGGGGAACGUGCUGGUCUUCCCAUUGGAUGGAAGCCACUGGGUGAAUAUGAAAGUCCUCAUCGAAGAGCUGCACUCCAGAGGCCAUAGCAUCACAGUGAUUCGUCCAACCACCAACUGGUACAUCAAGGAGAAAUCCCCUCACUACUCGUGCAUUACCAUCCCAGUAUCUGGUGGUGGAAUUGUUGAGGAGGUCUUUAGUUUGUUUGUGAGCAGACAAUUGCAGAUCCAAAGGGAGCGUGGAAGUUUCUGGUCUCGUAUGAGUCUGGAGCUUGAGGUAGCGAAGCAGAUCUAUGAGUUACACAAGGAUUUGGUCGUAAUGAUGACUACGAUAUUCGAAGAUGCCGAACUAAUGCAAUUGCUUCGCGAUGCAAACUAUGACCUGGUUUUGACAGAUCCUGCCAUUGGUGGGGGUGUGUUUCUGGCUCACCGCAUUGGACUUCCUCUUGUCUUCAAUGUCCGAUGGACAGUCCUGGGCGAGGGUCACUUUACCAUCGCCCCCUCGCCUCUCUCAUAUGUCCCGUUGCCAGGAGCACUGUUGACAGACAAAAUGACUUUUCAAGAGAGAGUCAUAAAUGUUCUGUUUUAUCUUUUUACAAGGUUUCAAUUUGCAUACGUCAUAGACCCUAACUACAUUCCGUUUGUCCAUCGUUACUUCGGCCCUGACGUUCACUACAUGUCAUUGUUCCAGGCAGCAGACAUAUGGCUCAUGAGGAAUGACUUUACCUUUGAGUUUCCGCGGCCCACCAUGCCAAACGUGGUCUACAUGGGCGGUUUCCAGUGCAAGCCCUCGAAGCCGCUUCCUCAGGACAUGGAGGACUUUGUCCAGAAGUCCGGGGACCAUGGGGUCAUCAUGAUGUCCCUGGGGACCUUGGUGGGACAACUUCCUGAGGACAUCACUGAGGACAUCGCAGCUGCUUUCGCCAAACUGCCUCAGAGGAUCGUCUGGAGGCACACUGGGAAGAGGCCCACCUCCGUGGGCAACAACACCUUACUAGUGGAUUGGCUCCCCCAGAACGACCUCCUUGGACACCCCAAGACCCGAGCCUUUGUUGCCCACGGCGGAACCAAUGGAGUCCAGGAGGCCAUCUACCAUGGUGUCCCUAUUGUUGGCCUCCCGUUGGUCUUCGACCAGCAUGAUAACCUCAAUAGGAUGAGGGCUAAGGGAGUGGCUAAGAUAGUGGACAUCGCCACCGUAGACAGAGACAUCUUCCUGGAGGCAGUGAAGGUUGUUCUCUAUGAGCCGACCUACAGGGAGAACAUGCAGAGACUAUCCAGGUUGCACAGGGACCAGCCCAUGAAACCACUGGACCGUGCCAUGUUCUGGAUUGAGUAUGUCAUGAGGAACAAAGGAGCGGCACAUCUGAGGACAGAGUCUUAUAAGAUGUCCUGGUUCACCUACCACUCUGUUGACGUCAUAGCCACGCUACUGGCCAUUGUGUUGCUCAUAAUGCUGGUUAGCACUUUAGCUGUAAAGUUUUUGUGGCAUUCGGUGUUUUGUAGGAGGAAGUGAAACAUGAAUGAUAUCGAUGUAUUAAUGAAUAUUAAUAUUUUAUCAAAUUAUCAUUAAUAAAAUAUUCAA